AUGCAGAAGCGGAGAGUCGCAGUAAGUGAGAUCCUGCUGCCGUCUGGAAUUAGGCCGCCAGACGAGGUGCCUGGACAAGCCAGAGAUCUCACUGUGGUGGGAGAACUCCAGGGUGUUUCUCACACGGGAAUACUGAAUGUUGAUUUGUCUCCGACAACUGCCCUCGCUGUCGGCCCCAGACGAUGCGCCAGCUCGCUGCUACCUAAUCCGUCUCUGCGCUCGUGUAUCAACAAUUUCGACGGGCAACAAGUCCAGGGCGAAAGUGGAUCGAGAACCAACUUCUCCGACUGGGAAAACAACAGAGGCUUUACGGUCAAUUCUCCAGCCUCCGCUUCGUCUUUGUUUCCCUUCUCACGUUUCAGUUCCAUCUCCAGACAGGAAGGGGGCACUCCGACAUCCACGACUCAGGGAAAGAGCGGGACUCAUAAAAUCUGUCUGGUGUGCUCUGAUGAGGCCUCGGGGUGCCAUUAUGGAGUCCUCACCUGCGGCAGCUGCAAGGUCUUCUUCAAGAGAGCAGUGGAAGGCCAGCAUAACUACCUGUGUGCCGGGAGGAACGACUGCAUCAUUGACAAAAUCAGGCGAAAGAACUGCCCGGCCUGCCGCUUCCGCAAAUGCCUGAUGGCAGGCAUGAACCUGGAAGCUCGCAAAACGAAGAAGCUGAAUCGCUUAAAGGGCAACCAGAGCAGCAACCCGCCGGAGAUGAUGCCCUCGCCGCCGGUCGAGGCUCGCUCGCUGGUGCCCAAGUGCAUGCCCCAGCUCGUCCCCACCAUGCUGUCCCUGCUGAAGGCCAUCGAGCCGGACACCAUCUACGCGGGCUACGACGGCACGCUCCCGGACACGUCCACGCGCCUCAUGACCACGCUGAACAGGCUGGGCGGGCGGCAGGUCAUCUCCGCCGUGAAGUGGGCCAAGGCUCUGCCAGGUUUCAGGAACCUGCACCUGGACGACCAGAUGACCCUGCUGCAGUGCUCCUGGCUCUUCCUCAUGUCGUUCAGCCUGGGCUGGAGGUCUUACCAGCAGUGCGACGGCAACAUGCUCUGCUUCGCACCAGACCUCGUCAUCAAUGAGGAGCGGAUGAAGCUGCCCUACAUGGCCGAGCAGUUUGAUCAGAUGCUGAAGAUUUCCAGCGAGUUCGUCCGGCUGCAGGUUUCCCACGAGGAGUACCUGUGCAUGAAGGUCCUGCUGCUGCUCAGCACAGUGCCCAAGGACGGCCUGAAGAGCCAGGCGGUGUUCGACGAGAUCCGCAUGUCGUACAUCAAAGAGCUGGGAAAAGCCAUAGUGAAGCGCGAGGAGAACUCCAGCCAGAACUGGCAGCGUUUCUACCAGCUCACCAAGUUGUUGGACUCCAUGCACGAGAUGGGCAGCGGACUGCUCAGCUUCUGCUUCUACACCUUCGUGAAUAAAUUCCUGAGCGUGGAGUUCCCCGAGAUGCUGGCCGAGAUCAUCAGCAAUCAGCUACCAAAAUUCAAGGCCGGAAGCGUCAAACCUCUCCUCUUCCACCAGAAGUGACUGUUUCCUGUAGCAGCAACAAUGCCUUAAACUCCCACCACGUCACCUCACCAGCCUGACAAAACCCCCCCGCCCCUUCGCCCCCCCCCCACCCCCACCCCUCCGCUGGACAAGAGCAACAAACGGAAAGGACUUUACACCAGUAGGGAGCGGUGUUUUCUAGCAGCAAGUGUGCAUCUCUGUGCUGAUGGGUCUGGUGGGGUGGGGGGGCUGGGGGGGCGGGGCCGCGGGAGAAGCAAUGUGUGUGUGUGUAGGAACCAGACCUCGAGCACAAGACGUUUCGCUGUGUUGAGUAGGCUAAGAUGUAGUGUCUAAUAACGAAUAGGAAAAGUUUGUGAAGCUAACGGCAAAGAGAAAUAGGCUAACAUUCAUGUUGUCUCAGGUGUCUUACCUUGAAAUUCAGAGCGAUAUCUGAAAUAGAAACAACAAAAUAUCUAUGUAAAGGUUCUGAUAGUAUUUUCUACAUUUUCAAAGUAACAGUUUAUACACUUUUCCAGGUCACCGCUGCCCAAGGAGGCAGCAAAUCGGAAUAACGCGCUCUUAUUACGUAGGCUUUUUGUGUUCCACUUUUAGUUUUUAUAGGAGGUUGUAACGAAAACGUUUUUUUCAGUCGCACAGAUACAACGACGACAACGAAAAAAACAAAACAAAACAAAAAAAACAAAACAGUUUUCUAGUGAUUUUUUUCAAAAGCAUAUUUUAUUUGCUUUGAUUAUAACAUAUAAAGUUGUGUGGGCCUGUUAGCCAAUGGAGUCCUCCCACAAGCAGACCUCUUCCAGGUUUACAUGUCAACUACAAAAAGGGAAAAAGAUGUGCCUUUUUUGCUUCGAAUAUCAUCUAAGCCAUGUUUUUUUCCUGCUAUACGUGAACCUCUCAUCAUCUACCUUCAUUAUAAGUUGAUUGUACUUUUUUAUAUAUUACACGCAGUUGCAGCUUUUCUCUUUUUCUAGUGGCUGUUUAUCUUUACAAAUGGCAGCUCGCUCCACCCUCUGUGCGUAGAAGUGUCGUCGUUCUCGCUAAGAAAUGAAAUUUAGCCUGCUUCCCUUCCCCGCGGUCCCGACGCGCACUGGCGCCGUCGGUGCGACGCGAGCGAAAGGCUUUAAAAAGACUGUGAAGAUGUGAAGAUGGGCUCGGUGUUGUAUAUCGGUCUUUCGAGAAAGACUUUAAAGAUGUGGAAAAGUGUGGACUUUUUUUUAAUCUUGCCCCCCCCUGCUCCCCCCGGUAGUCUAAUCUUUAGAAAAAUAUGUGAUGGAUACGAGCGUUUCUCAAUCACAAGUGGAAGGGCAUGUGUUGUUGUGCUUGCAAGCUUGUCGUUUUUGAUAUUCGGAAAUACUAAUAUCUGUAGAUUUAUUACUGCUGAAAGCGAUUAGAAAAUAACCGUCCUCCACACUUUCUUGUUUUUUUUUUUUUUAAUCAAUCGUUUUGGUAUAAAUAGUCGUAAUUCCUCUGAAGACUUCUGCAGUACAAACUUUGCUCUUUGUAAGAAUUGGCUAAGGGGUACCUUUUAUUCUUGAAACUGCAUACCUUUCAUUUUCUUUAAGGAAUAGUUUAAUUUUUUGGGGGGGAAAACAGUUUUUUUUUGCAAAGAUGUAGAUUGGUACUACUGUCAUGUCUCUGCUACAAGCCCAAGUUAAGAACGUGAAAAAGUGAACUCCGUCUGAAAGACAGAAAGCUCUUACCUCUGGUAUCGACCGUCUCUUUACUGAGAUGAGACGUCUGGUUUCCACCGGCUGAUCGUCCUUCUCUGUCUGGCACAAUAACAGGCUAGAGAGCUACUCAUUGUAAAUAAAAAAAAAUCACAUUAAUAUUCAGAGAUUGAUAUAAUCAAUUAAUACUCAAGCUGUCAUUAUGCCUGAUUUGAUAUAGUUAUAUAAAUAAGUCGCGUUUUUGUUGUCGAGAAAAUUCUAAAUUAAGCACUGCACUUAUAAUAAAAUGUGAAUUUGAAUGCGAUGCAGGUAUAAUGACAAUUUGGAAUCAAAGUAAUCGAUAAACCUUCCCAGUCACAGGUGUGCAGAUUAUUGUACCGCUAAACGUUGCUUUGAAAUUUUAAAAGAGGUUUUCUGUGCCAUCCGUUCUGGUGUUUCAUCGAUCGCAGCGAAUACAAAACACCGUAAAGUCUCAAAGACUCCGAGCAGCAUGUAGGGCUUCCAGUACCGUACGGCGUCUGCGUCAAAUAUACAUCCAGAAAUCCGCGCUGCUGUAGAGACAUGAUAUGUAUUAACCUCAGGUCUUAGCAAGAAGACAAAUACGACGGUUUCCCCCC